AUGGACGAUCAUUUCAAUGCAAAAGUUGCUAAUUUUGGUCUAUCGAAACUCAUGGGUGAUACGGGCAAGGGUUAUGUCACCACUCAAGUCAAAGGGACACUGGUGAGCAUUGAAGUCAAAACAACUUUUUAUUUUUUUUAUUUAGAAACUGUCUCUCUCAAUAUUGCUAAAUUUUUUGGCGCCUUGAACUCUUUUUUAUUUGUCGCUAAGAGUUGGUCUUUGUCAAUAAAAGGAUACAUGGAUCCUGAAUACUACAUGACCCAACAACUUAAUGAGAAAAACGAUGUAUAUAAUUUUGGAGUUGUACUGCUGGAGCUGAUAACUGCUAAAGCCCCUAUAAAGCAUGGAAACCACAUUGUAAGAGCACUUCAAAAGGCAUUGAACGAUCCAGAAGGUUCUGAAAAUCUAGAUAAAAUUCUUGAUCCAGCCAUGGGAUCAGGAUCGCAUGUUGGUUUGUCGAUCUUGCAAUGA